UCAUACUUACUUUGUAAUAGAGUAAAUAAUGAUUUUUAUGUUAACAGAUAACUGUGACCUGCAUUUUAAAAUCUCGAGAGACCGGUUUAGUGCUUCCUCUCUGACCAUGGAAAGCUUUGCUUUUCUUUGGGCUGGAGGAAGAGCCUCCUAUGGAGUUUCUAAAGGCAAAGUCUGCUUUGAGAUGAAGGUUACAGAAAAGAUUCCUGUUAAACAUCUGUAUACAAAAGACAUUGACAUACACGAAGUGCGAGUUGGCUGGUCACUGAACACAAGUGGAAUGUUGCUCGGUGAAGAGGAAUUUUCUUACGGAUAUUCGCUGAAAGGAAUAAAAACAUGCAAUUGUGAGACUGAGGACUUUGGUGAGAAGUUUGAUGAAAAUGAUGUGAUUGGAUGUUUUGCUAAUUUUGAUGGUGAUGAAGUGGAGCUCUCGUAUUCCAAGAAUGGCCAAGAGCUUGGAGUGGCCUUCAAGAUAAGUAAGGAAGUCCUCGAUGGGCGGCCACUCUUCCCACAUGUUCUCUGCCAUAACUGUGCAGUUGAGUUCAACUUUGGUCAGAAAGAUGAGCCCUACUUUCCUGUACCUGAAGAGUUCACCUUCAUCCAGAAGGUUCCCCUGGACGAUAGGGUCCGAGGACCAAAGGGGCCUGAGCAAAAGAAGGAUUGUGAGGUGGUGAUGAUGAUUGGCUUGCCUGGAGCAGGCAAAACUACCUGGGUUACCAAACAUGCAGCAGCAAAUCCUGGGAAAUAUAACAUUCUUGGGACAAAUACCAUUAUGGACAAAAUGAUGGUUGCAGGUUUUAAGCGGCAAAUGGCAGACACCGGAAAACUUAACACACUGUUGCAGAGAGCUCCACAGUGUCUUGGAAAGUUCAUUGAGAUUGCAGCUCGUAAGAAGCGGAAUUUCAUUUUGGAUCAGACAAAUGUGUCUGCAGCUGCGCAGAGGAGAAAAAUGUGCCUGUUUGCAGGCUUCCAGCGCAAAGCAGUUGUUGUUUGCCCAAAAGAUGAAGACUACAAGCAAAGAACACAAAAGAAGGCAGAGGUGGAGGGAAAAGAUCUUCCAGAGCAUGCAGUUCUCAAAAUGAAAGGGAACUUCACACUGCCAGAGGUAGCGGAAUGUUUUGAUGAAAUAAUCUAUGUAGAGUUACAAAAAGAAGAAGCUCAGAAGCUCUUGGAACAAUAUAAAGAAGAAAGUAAGAAAUCUCUUCCACCUGAAAAGAAACAGAACACUGGCUCGAAGAAGAAUAAAAAGAGCAAUAAAAAUCAAUUUAAUAGAGGUCAGAGAGGACGUGGAGGAUUCAACAUGCGUGGCAAUUUCAGAGGAGGAGUUCCUGGCAACCGUGGUGGAUACAACCGGCGGGGAGGCAACAUGCCCCAGCGAGGUGGUGGAGGUGGUGGCGGUGGCGGCGGCAGCAGUGGUGCCAUUGGCUAUCCCUAUCCUCGGGGCCCUGUCUUCCCCAGCAGGGGUGGCUACUCGAACAGAGGAAACUAUAACAGAGGUGGAAUGCCCAACAGGGGGAACUACAACCAGAACUUCAGAGGACGGGGAAAUAAUCGUGGCUACAAAAACCAAUCUCAGGGCUACAACCAGUGGCAGCAGGGUCAAUUCUGGGGUCAGAAGCCAUGGAGUCAGCAUUAUCACCAAGGAUAUUAUUGAAUACCCAAAUAAAUGAACUGAUACAUAUUUCUCCAAAACCUUCACAAGAAGUCGACUGUUUUCUUUAGUAGGCUAACUUUUUAAACAUUCCACAAGAGGAAGUGCCUGCGGGUUCCUUUUUUAGAAGCUUUGUGGGUUGAUUUUUUUCUUUUCUUUUUUUUGUACAUUUUUAAUUGCAGUUUUAAAGUGAUUCGUAAGAGAACCUCAGCAUUGUGCACGAUAAGAGAAUGUGUCAGUAUUUCAGGGUUCUACAUUUUAUCUGUAAAAUGUGACUUUUUUUUUACCACAACAAAAGUAAAACGUUGCUUUGUACCUGGUGUCUUUUUAUUAAAGAAUUUUCUCCUUUUCCCCCCAUCCCCCAAUUUCUAAGAAACAGUCGUGAGUCAUGUCACAAUAUGAUAGAAAUGUUAGCAACCAGAUUCGUAUAGAGGCUCCUUAGUAGCCCUUAUGAAUAUCAUGAGAUUAUGUAAAGCUCUGUAUUACACUCCAUCCUCUCUAUGAAGCUUCUGGGUGGGGACGGGAGGAGGGGGAGGUAAAAGUUUCUGGCAAUAACUAGGACUUUUUUGUAACACUUGGACUUCAAUAGAUGUUGGGGCAAAGAGGAAACCUGGAGCUGAAUAGUGAAGGUGGAGUGUAUAUAGAAGCUCUUCAAGCUGUAAAAACUUGGUUGCAUUAUUUGUGGAGGCUCAAACUUGUGAAGGUACAACACCAUAAUUUCUUUUCCAUUUGUUCUGCAUUUUGAUUCUGAAAAGAAGCUGGCUUUGCCCAUUUCUUAUUAAACAAAACUUGUUGUAAAUCCAGUUGUCUAAUGGGAUCUAUAUGAAGUUAGCUGUGUGUCUGUAUAACCCUUUCCCCCCAAAAUACUGUAUACCUAGUGUGCUUGUAGUAGUUACUCCACCAUUUUGUAAGCUAAUUAAACUGUGAGUCACCCAUUUUAUAUCUAAUUUUUAAUCAUGUCAAUUCUCAAAUGGGUGUAUCUCCUUAGCCUGCUGAUUUCCUUUUUCUCUUUAAAGAAAGUGGGUGGAGAAAUUUAAUUCUAGACGUUUGUUUGCAAUAAAAUAAACUCAUUUUACUCUUGUUUUGGGAUUGUUGCCAUCAAGGUCUAAAAUCCCUUUAAGGCUAUAAAGAGGAAGAGAUUGUAUAAAAGCAAAUGAUGUUGGAUAGUCUUAAGCUCAUUACUAUGUCAAUGCUGAAAUACUUGUGUUUCUUUAAAAAUCUAAAGUGGUGGUUGCUCUGUUA